GGUUUCCUCUACUGGGGAGAUUUCGUUCACCGCUGAAUAUGAGUUCGUCAGCGACAAGAUCAGGAGAGCGAGGGUGACAGGAAAAUAUUUGGUCCUUGCGGACUUUUCAAAGUGAUUGGUCGGAAGUUGGCCGCUUGAAAGGAGGCGCAUCUAUGAUAUCUGGCAAGACACCCGCUUUCGUUUCCCCUUCGCAGCACUUGGCCAAGAAAGUACUUAUGAGAUCCUUCGGUUUCUUCACAGCGCUCUGUGCCUCUGUCCGGGCUUUCAUGAUGUCAUCUCUACUCAGACAGAAGUCAAUAUGUGCGAGUUUAGCCCUUCGUUGUCCGUCUCCAACAUCUUCCCGCAGACAGCACGCUCUUGAUACCGUGCACGAUCCCCUUGUAUGCUUCUCAUUUGGAUAUGCAGUCUCAGCUAAGGUGGGGAAAGCACGCGAGACUCGUGCACACAAAUGGGUUGUGACGGAGGAACAAGACAACGAUCCCGACCGCGCUUAGGAAGGGUUCUCUCAUAUUGGCUAGGGUAUCCGAGUG